AUGGAGCGCUUUCGAUACCCCGAGCGGUCCAUUAUAUUUCUGUCGGGCUGUUAUUUGAUGGUCUCGAUUGGCUAUAUAAUCAGGUCAUACAUAGGACACGACCCCAUCGCGUGUGACGGUCUCCUUAUUCGCUACCAAAGGACAGGUCCCGCACCUGUCGUCUGUGUAUUAGUAUUUCUUUUGAUCUACUUUUUCGGAAUGGCAUCCAGUGUUUGGUGGGUUAUACUCACCAUUACAUGGUUUCUAUCGGCUGGACUCAAAUGGUCUAAUGAAGGUAUUGCCGGGUAUUCGCAAUACUUUCAUUUGGUCGCCUGGUUUAUACCGACCAUCAAAUCUGUCAUUAUUUUAGGCAUCGGUGCCAUCGAUGGCGACCCGUUUACUGGCGUUUGCUUUGUCGGCAACCAAGACCUCAACAAUUUGAUGACAUUUGUAAUAAUCCCGUUUUGCACGUACAUAGUUGUGGGCCUAUUCUUCUUAAUAACAGGCUUUGUAUCGCUGUUUCGUAUCCGAAAACUAUUGAAAGAGAGAGUGAAAGCCGACAAAUUGGAGAAAUUGAUGAUUAGGAUCGGCUUAUUCUCCUUCUUAUACAUAGUUCCCGGCGUUGUAGUCGUUGGUUGUUAUCUCUAUGAAUACUAUUUUCGUGAUAUAUGGCAACGACAACACAACUGCCGCUGCGAUAACACUCCCGAAACACCAUAUUAUUCACUAUUUUUGCUCAAAUAUAUCAUGUGUCUCAUUGUUGGCAUCACAUCUGGCUUUUGGAUCUGGUCUACGAAGACGAUCGACUCGUGGGCGCGUUUCUACGCACGUCUAUGUUGUGGCACCAGCUCUGCCAGCACUAGGAGUGGCGCGAGUCAGCUCAUCAUCGGUGGCUCACAACUGGCCAUCUCU